AUGCAAUACUACCAUCGUGUUGGUACCCUGUAUUGUGAAGCAUUACAAGCGUACUUGGCAGCUUUAGAGCCACCACAGGGCGAAGAGACCGAGUAUGAGCGCCAUGUUCAGGAUUUGCACAUGAUCUUUCACCUGGCUCGUGUGCUCUAUGUUCCUGAGGAUGGAAGUGGCUUAGGCGUUGUGGGUGAAGAGCUCAUGCAUUGGCUCAAUGCGCAUGACGUGGCUCCUACGACCGAGCAAGGACAGCAAAUUGCUCAGACCAUUCCACCCCAUCAGCAUCCUGACUACUGGGACUAUAUUUUGCGCUGCAUUUUGCGCGGCUUUUUUGGUACGGGUGCAACUGUGCUGCAGUCAUACGUCAAUGACACAUCCUCGCCGACACUGCAAGCGAUCGCGGCUGAAACCGUGCACAUGCUGCAAACGGUGCCGCGGUCCACGGCCUAUACAACAGAACAAGCUUUUCUAUCAGCUCACCGCCAUUGGCAUACAUCUAUACGCGUGUUCCUCAGCAGUUUUCAGCGCAAGAUGGAUGUCGUUGAGUCGGAGCUCAGCCACACAUCAUCGUCAGCAAAUGACAUGCGUCUUGAGCUCGAGGCUCAGUUCCGGUGUCUGUAUGAGCUACUUUGUGGCGUAGAAGACCGCGUGCUCGAGUUUUCCGAAGACUGGAAGGAAGCAUUGUGUGCAUGGGGUUUGUUGGUCUUGCCUGCAAUGAAACGUGACGACGUGCCGGAGGUCGUCUAUCACAUCACCCACACAUUGCAUAUGGAUGAAACACUCCCCAGAGAAUGCAUUUUGUCCCACAUCACUCGCGGAGAACUGAUCAAGUGUCUGAAGCUCUGCAUUCCGUUUGACGAAUGGCUAGCCACCCACAUGGGAGACUUUUUCGACAAAGCACAGCUGCUUGAUACUGCCGAGCCAACCAUGAUGGAUGAAAUCCUCUUGACUUGGGCCGACACGCUUGUGAAGGAGGAGCGCCUGUGGCGCAUGUCACUCUCUUACCUGAAUGCUAUUCACUCGGAAACAGCUCGUUCAAAAAUGCGCUCCAUAUUAUUCCAUGUGCCUUUGUUAAGCGAGACAAACGACGACGAACACACGCAUUCUGAAUGCGACUUCCAGAAGGUCGAAGAGGUUCUAGGUGCCUGUAUUGAGUAUGGCAUGGAAGAUGAAGUGCGCUUAAUUUGUCGAAAGCUUGCGCGGGAACUCAUGGAUCGGCAUAAAUAUGGCUUAGCCAUCGCUUACAGUGUACGUGCUCGCGACGCACGACAAGUUCAAGUCAUUGCUGAUCGAAUGCUGCAUGACUAUGUGACACAUGAUCCCGCCUACUAUAUUGCCAGUGUCGAUUCGGUACCUCGUACGCUACUGGACAACGUAGCAUCUAUGAACGGCGAUGCACACGCACAUGGCACUGACAAUGACAAUGAGUCGGACAUUGACGUUGAUGUCGCCGCCACGGCCACGACGCCAUUUACCUCAACAUCCAGCAUCUUUUCGCGAAACACGUUCGCUCCACUGGUCUUCCAUGUUAAGUACCGCGACUUUCAUCAGCUGUUUUCACAGCAGGAUACCUGGCGUGAAGCCGCGCGAGUACUGGUCGGCCUACUGACCAGCGAAGCGACACCUGAGUCGUUUUUGAGCGUCUUGCUCGUCGAUGCUCUCCCGUUCCUUCAGUCGACCACUGAUCUCUACUUCAGCCUGCCUGAGACUUAUGAGCUUCUGCGCAUAACUGAAAAGGUUAUGUCUGUCACUGACACGCAAAACUCGGAACAGGCAGCAGAUUUCUACUUCUACUGGCUCGAGCAGUUGCUAGCAAACCAAACAGCAUCGUCACCUAGUGUCGGUGACACAUCGCCAGCGCCGAAGCGCCGUCGGGAACUGGCACACGAACGCAUGUUGGUCGUACGACUUGCUCUUGCCCAAUAUAUAUCGCGUAUCACAAUGGAGCCAGGCGCUGGCAGCAUCCAUAGCAGUCUCAUUUUCGUUCCCUAG